CGGUGUCGCGUGCUGAUGACGUCAGAUGUCUCCUCCUCCUGCCGGAAGUCGGCGCUCACUCCUCCCACUUCUGUCCCCGGUAACCCCGCCCCCGGACGCCGUUACACAACACACAAGCCGAGAAUGAUGCUGUGCAGAGCCGCGCUGAGGAGCCUCCUGCCGGCCGGGACCUGCGGGAGAGUCCGGGGAGUGAGGAGCGGACAUGGGGAGGCGAGAGACGGACACAAUGAGCAGAUCUCUGAUAGGUCGGAGUUCAGGCCUCUGUAUAUGGACGUUCAGGCCACAAGUCCUCUGGAUCCUCGAGUAUUAGAUCGUAUGUUGCCGUAUCUGGUGAAUUUUUAUGGAAACCCCCACUCCAGAACUCACGCCUACGGCUGGGAGAGCGAGAAGGCCAUGGAGAGAGCACGAGAGCAAGUGGCCUCCUUGAUUGGAGCGGAUCCCAGAGAGAUUAUAUUCACUAGUGGGGCAACUGAAUCCAACAAUCUCGCGCUCAAGGGUGUUGCCAGAUUUUACAAGUCCAGGAAAAAACACCUGAUCACCACCCAGACCGAACACAAGUGCGUCCUGGACUCGUGCCGCUCCUUAGAAGCUGAAGGGUUCCAGGUAUCUUACCUUCCUGUCCAGAAGAACGGCCUCUUGGAUCUGAAGGUUCUAGAAGAAGCCAUACGGCCGGAUACAAGCCUGGUGUCUGUCAUGGCUGUGAACAAUGAAAUCGGAGUGACCCAACCUAUAGCCGAUAUAGGUCACAUUUGUAGCUCCAGGAAAGUCUAUUUUCACACAGACGCUGCGCAGGCCGUAGGGAAGAUACCGAUGAAUGUGAAUCAAAUGAAGAUCGACCUGAUGAGCAUAAGCGGACACAAGCUCUACGGCCCUAAAGGAAUCGGGGCCAUUUAUGUUCGUCGGCGACCAAGAGUGCGAUUGGAGCCCCUGAUAAGUGGUGGAGGGCAAGAGAGGGGCCUGAGGUCCGGGACUGUGCCGGCUCCGCUCACCGUUGGGUUUGGCGCAGCUUGUGAAGUAGCUCAGCAGGAGUUAGAGUACGACCACAAGAGAAUCAGCGAUUUAUCUCAAAGGCUGAUAAACAACAUAAUGAACAAUAUUCCACAAGUCGUCUUGAAUGGAGAUGCUGAGCAGCGGUAUCCAGGCUGUGUAAACCUUUCCUUUGCGUAUGUGGAGGGGGAGAGUUUGCUGAUGGCUUUGAAGGAUGUCGCCCUUUCAUCUGGAAGUGCCUGUACAUCCGCAUCGCUGGAACCUUCCUAUGUAUUGAGAGCCAUCGGAGCGGAUGAAGAUUUGGCGCACUCCUCCAUCAGAUUUGGUAUUGGUCGAUUUACCACAGAAGAAGAGGUGGACUAUACUGUUCAGAAAUGCAUCCAUGAGGUGAAACGGCUCCGGGAGAUGAGCCCGCUGUGGGAAAUGGUGCAAGACGGGAUCGAUCUGAAGAGCAUCAAGUGGACGCAGCACUGAUCACCUGUACGGGCCCCUAAAAGAGAAUUAAAAAUGGCUUCUGUUACAAUGGGACACCCCUUUGGCUGCCAUCACCUGCCGCAGUCUUACACCCGCAAUAUCUCACCCACAUGUGUUCUGUAAAAGUAAAUUAUUUUAAGCUGUAGUAGUGUUUCCGAACAAGUGUGCCUCCUGCUAUUGCAAAACUACAACUCACACACAGUUGUUUUUAUUUUUUAUUUUUUGCUGUACAAGCAUGUUAUUUGUUGACUGCUUAAGAGGGUACUCCGGCCCUAAGACAUCUUAUCCCCCUAUUCAAAGGACUGCUGGGGACCCCCGCAAUCUUGCAUUUGGCACCCACCUCUUUGAGCAGCCGCGCUUCCAGCUCACAGACUGCUGGGUGCCGACCACGGGCCCGGAGUAUCGUGAUGCCAUGACUCCGCCCCUGUGUGAUGCCCCGCCCCCGCUAUGCAAGUCUAUGGGAGGGGGUGUGGUGGCCAUGGGGCCGGAGUAUCGUGACAUCACGACUCCGCCCCCCGUGUGAUGUCACGCACCGCCCCCGCUAUGCAAGUCUAUGGGAGGGGGCG